GUGAUUGUCAUAUCAUGUCUUAAUGUAUUUGUUGUUCUGUGUCUGUACAUAUAUGAUCAUACUUGUUUCAUGUACAUAUGUUGUGCUCUUCAGUAUUGGAGGAAUUAAAAGUUAUCUAUCUAUCCAAUUUCUAAAUGAAAAUUUGUUCACCGGAGCGUUAAUGGACAUUAUAACAUGGUAACGGAAGAGACUGAAGAAGAUUUAUUCUGGAUAAAUAUUGGAUUUCCCCGAACGUCACUUUUCAUCAGAGAUUUAAUACGGGGAAUAUAAUAUAGGGAGUUGUCACAUAAAAUAUUGUUUGUUUAGAUAAAUUUUGUACAUUAUAUUCGCUGCAGCAAAAUUUUAAAUAGUGCAAAUUUUAUAUAUUAACCACCAGUAAUAUUUGGAUAUCUGUUAAUGAUAAAAUGAAUACAUUUCUUUCGUAAGGACAUAAGCGGGGAUAGAAUAUUUUGCUUACGCUUAAAUUUAAACUAUGGUUAAAGUAGCAAUUGUGACAUCUGUAGGGAUUUUGAGUGUAUCUGUGUUUGUUUUUGGAUAUAUCUUUGCUGCUCUAUUCGGAGCUGCAGUUGCAGUUCUAGUGUUAUUUCUGUGCCCGGAGAGACGGGUAGAAGUUGACGCUGCAAACAAGGCCGUAUUCAUCACAGGUUGUGACAGUGGAUUUGGAAAUCAGAUUGCUCGCCGAUUGGAUAAUAAGGGUUUCACAGUUUUUGCUGGCUGUUUGUUGCCGGACCAAGAGGGAGCAAAACAACUGAAGGAACAGUGCUCGGAUCGGCUGCAUAUUGUCCAUGUAGAUGUGACAGAUGAUUGGCUUGUCCGAGGAGCAGUGAAAUACGUCAAGGAAAAUCUAGGAGAGAACGUGUUGUGGGCAGUUGUCAACAAUGCGGGUAUAGCAAUUUUCACGGAAAUAGAAUGGUGUUCAGUUAUACAGUUUCAGCGGAUAUUUGACGUCAAUGUUCUGGGUGUUGUCAGAGUAACCAAAGCGUUUCUGCCGCUUAUCAGGCAAACAAAUGGCCGGAUUGUUAACGUCGCAAGUCUUGCUGGACGAUUCACAAUGCCAGCAUUCGCAGCAUAUUCCAUGUCGAAAAGAGCAUGUAUUGCAUUUUCUGACGCCUUGAGGAUAGAGAUGAAAAAGUUCCAUGUAAAAGUUGUUACGAUUGAACCAGCACUUUAUAAAACCCCUAUAUCUGAGACAGGAUAUCUCGAAGCACAGAAUCGGAAGUCCUGGAGCGAGACCCCAACAGAAGUUAAAGAGGCUUACGGUGAUGAAUACUUUGAUGCGUUUCUUGAAAAUAUCGGUGUACAGAUGAAACGUGCGAAAUCCAACAUCAACGAGGUGAUCGAUCUAAUGGAAAAUGCCGUUACGGAUGCUAACCCAAAAAUACGUUACGUUCCAUCAAGUUCAAUCAUUAGAGCGACAAUUCUAACGUAUCUGCCCUCUAAGGUUACAGACAAACUUUUCCAAAUCUACACACCAAAGGUCCUACCAAGACAGAGCACAAGUAGCGCAGGCAGCGUGUCAGACAAUGACGUCACAAAUUAAGCUCAUUCAUUUCAUGACAGAGACAGUUUAUGAGAAUACUUGUGAUGUGUCUUUGUACAAUGCACUAUUAUAAGGGGCUCGUGUUUAGAAUAUUUUGGAGAGAAGCAAGGCUGCCUUUCCGAUAACUUGAGUGGUUUAGAAAUAUAACUUUGCAAAGGUAUCGACCAUUGAUUAUUUUUCGAUGGGUAUUUGUACUAUUUUGACAGCGGCUGAAUUUAGCAGAUGGUGUUCAAGAACUGCGAAUUUGUUUAUAUCAGUUUUGGUUACAAAAGUAUAUAUGUGUUUGAUUUACUUGCAGGGGUUUAUAUCAUAAGUCAGGUACCCUGAUCCUUAUCUUUCCUAUGUUACGGGUAAAAUCACAGAAAAUCAUGUAACAUUUCAUAAAGUAAUACCCAUGUGUACUUUUGGACAACCCAAAUAGUCCCGUUUGUAAUUUCUGUUACAUUAAUAUCACUGUUAGAGUUAGCGGAUUUGGUUUCAACUCGGCGCUGUUUUUUAUUUCUUUUUUUUUUGUAAUUAAAAUGUCCUAUUAUUAAAAUACAUGUCGAGAAUGUAUACUUUAAAAUAAAAAUCUGCAGCCUUUUAUAAAUCUGGCCUCCAACUUCUUAUAGUAUGGUGAAUGGUCUAUUUUCAUAGACAUUGAAUUUUCGUCAUGUUUGGGGCUCCUAACGGGUACUAAGAUUUACAAAGAAAAACAUUCGAAGGACGAGGGCCCUACUCAUUUAGAACCAAUUUUAAAAAUAUAUGAACUGAUAUAUACAAUACAGUACAGAUGCAUUAUACUAACUUCCAAAAACUUAAUUAGAAACGGAAGUGACGUUUUGCACAUAUCAAAUUUAAUCACAACAUCUCUUUAUUAGAAAUUUGUAAUCAAGGUAAAGCGUUGCCGCGGCGCAGGAGAAAUAAAAUUUGCACAUAUGUCGACAUAGAUUGGUAGAAAAAAAUGUUUAGAAAUAGGAACAUUUUAUGACAGUUGUUAAAAAAAUCACUAGGAGAACAGAGAAAGGGCCGAAUAGGACAAUGGACCGACUGAUCCUCUUACAAGUAGUCCAAAUGGCUUUCGUAGGUUCUUAUUCCGGAGGUGUGUGUGUUCUCCGUAAUAAUUGACUGAAGACAAAGUAAUUCGUCCUCCACCUCUGUUUUGCGUGGGGAAGAUGUCAGUAUCUGUGGAGAAUGAAGGAAACUGUGAACGAGUCCAGAAACAUCUGGUAGUUAAACUGACUGCCAUAUAUAGCUGGAACGGCGUUAAACCCAACAAAACAGCAACUUACAAAUAAAUCUGAAAAGUCUUUGAUUACACUCCAUAUUCAGUUGUAUAUUUUCGCUUGACGCGAUAUUAAGCCUGUAAAUAAAUGAUACAUUUCACUACCAUUAUUAUACAUGUAAAUGUUUAUCUAGCCAUAAUCAUUACUUCAAAUGAACGAUGGUAAUAAACUGAUUUUUCUAUUUUAUUUUA